GUUUGGCUGUUAUGGCUGCCGAAAGGGAAGCUGGUUCCUUCACAUUUAGUCCUUGUGAGGCGAAGGGUCAUGGAACAGAAAAUGGACUUCUGUCCAGUAGGAAGGAUGUCUGACCCCCCUGGAAAAGUGUUCUCUCCUGGAACAAGAAGGCUCAGCCACAUUUGGCCAAGCUCCUUUUAAAGCCUUAACCAUCUCUCUGAGCUCAAGGCCGCAGCCCUAGAGCAACUUCAGACCCCAGAGUGAUUGCUUGAGAAAAUUCAAGAUGGCUGACCUAAUUUCCCCGAAGCUAAAGUCAGAGCCCCCAGCCUCAGCUUCUGCGGGGGAACGGGCAUUACGUUCCAUAUACCCAGCAGCAAAACCAAACCAUGCGGGGCUUGCAUAGACUACCCUUCCCUUCUCCCCCUAUCUUCUCUCCUCUCCCUUCCUUUCCCUCUCCCUUUCCUCCUCCCAGACCUUACUCCCUAUCUCACCCCCCCCCAUUGUUGUAAUUGCUUUUCUUCAUUAACUUCUGCGGUCCCUUGUUUCCCUUCAGAACCGCAUCCACUUGGUGCCACCUCUGCCCACACCGGGAUGACUCAGCUAGCAGUUCCCGUCAGCGUUCCUAGCAGGGCAGCAGCAGCAGCAGCAGCAGAGCUUCGAUCUCUUGGUGAUUGGUGGGGGAUCCGGUGGCCUUGCUUGUGCCAAGGAAGCUGCUCAGCUGGGAAAGAAGGUGGCAGUGGCUGACUAUGUGGAACCUUCUCCCCGAGGUACCAGGUGGGGCCUUGGUGGCACCUGUGUCAAUGUGGGUUGCAUACCCAAGAAGCUGAUGCAUCAGGCUGCACUGCUGGGGGGCAUGAUCAAAGAUGCUCACCACUAUGGCUGGGAGGUGACCCUGCCCAUCCAGCACAGCUGGAAGAAAAUGGCAGAAGCCGUGCAAAACCAUGUGAAGUCCUUGAAUUGGGGUCACCGUGUCCAACUUCAGGACAGGAAAGUCAAGUACUUUAACAUCAAAGCCAGCUUUGUCAAUGAACACACGGUUCAAGGUGUUGAUAAAGGUGGGAAGGUGACUCUGCUUUCGGCUGACCACAUAGUCAUCGCUACAGGAGGGCGGCCGCGGUACCCCACACAAAUCAAAGGAGCCAUGGAAUAUGGAGUCACAAGUGAUGAUAUCUUCUGGCUGAAGGAGUCCCCUGGGAAAACGUUGGUGGUUGGAGCCAGUUAUGUGGCCCUAGAGUGUGCUGGCUUCCUCACAGGGAUUGGACUGGAUACCACCGUCAUGAUGCGCAGCAUCCCUCUCCGAGGCUUUGACCAGCAAAUGUCAUCUUUGGUCACAGAGCACAUGGAAUCUCAUGGUACCCGAUUCCUGAAAGGCUGUGUCCCCUCCCUCAUCCAAAAACUCCCAACUGGUCAACUGCAGGUCACCUGGGAGGACCAUGCCUCUGGCAAGGAGGACACAGGCACCUUUGAUACUGUCCUGUGGGCCAUAGGGCGAGUUCCAGAAACCAGAAAUCUAAAUCUGGAGAAGGCUGGUGUGAAUGUCAACCCUGAGAACCAGAAAAUUGUCGUGGAUGCCCAGGAGGCCACCUCUGUCCCCCACAUCUUUGCCAUUGGAGAUGUUGCUGAGGGGCGGCCUGAGCUGACACCCACAGCUAUCAAGGCAGGAAAGCUACUGGCUCAGAGGCUCUUUGGGAAAUCCUCAGCCUUAAUGAAUUACAGCAAUGUUCCCACGACUGUCUUCACACCACUGGAGUAUGGCUGUGUGGGACUGUCUGAGGAGGAGGCUGUGGCUCUCCAUGGCCAGGAGCAUGUGGAGGUUUACCAUGCAUACUAUAAGCCACUGGAAUUCACAGUGACGGAUCGGGAUGCAUCCCAGUGCUACAUAAAGAUGGUGUGCUUGAGGGAGCCCCCACAGCUGGUGCUGGGCCUGCACUUCCUUGGCCCCAAUGCUGGAGAAGUCACUCAAGGAUUUGCUCUGGGGAUCAACCUCCCCAAGGUCAUGAUGGACAGACCUCCCCAGACCGUCCACUUGACAUUCCACUUUGAAUGUGUGCAGAUGUGGGGCGUCAUAUGCACAGGUGAUGCAGACAGUAGGGAUCCAUCCCACCUGCUCCGAAGAGGUGGUGAAACUGCACAUCUCCAAGCGCUCCGGCCUGGAGCCCACUGUGACUGGAUGCUGAGGUUAAGUCACCAUCCCUGCCAAGCUGAGGGCACACGCUAUGCCAUGUGACCAGUACAAGGCUCCUCAGACACCUGGGUCCAGGACUGGAAGGCUUUGCUGCCUCCUCAGAGACCCCAGAUGUGGAUGGAGCACCGUGUGUCCUGCAGGGAUGACUGCAUGGAGUAGUUACUCCACACCUGCAUCCUCUGGCCAAUCUUCCCAUACUCCAGCGUCAGAUGAUGAUGGCCUGUGCAGAAACCCCAUGUGGGCUGCCCAGGCUUGAGAACCCUGGCAUUUCUGGAGCAUCAAUAAAGAGGGUGUUUCCCUAAAGCA